AUGUAUGCACAAGCAGGAGUGGGGCUGAGCGGGACCAAGCUGGGCUGCGGAGAAGGGGGCUGCGGGGCUUGCACGGUGAUGCUUUCCAAAUAUGAUCGUUUCCAGAACAAGAUAUGGAAAAUCCAGGACAAAGUACACGAGAGCCAGCCACCAUCCGGUAAGAGGGUCUCAGAGUACUUUACUACCUUGAAAGACCACAAGGAGAGAAUUGCCAAAAGCCAUGGCUCCCAGUGCGGGUUCUGCACCCCUGGCAUCGUCAUGAGCAUGUACACGCUGCUCCGGAACCAGCCUGAGCCCACCAUUGAGGAGAUCGAGGAUGCCUUCCAAGGAAACCUGUGUCGCUGCACGGGCUACAGACCCAUCCUCCAGGGCUUCCGGACCUUCGCCAGGGAUGGUGGGUGCUGCGGAGGAAGGGGGAACGACCUGAACUGUUGCAUGAACCAGAAGACAGACCACAAGAUCACUCUCUCGCCAUCUCUAUUCAACCCGGAGGAGUUCACACCCCUGGAUCCCACCCAGGAGCCCAUCUUCCCCCCAGAGUUGCUGAGGCUGAAAGAUACUCCUCAGAAGCAGCUGCGUUUUGAAGGCGAGCGAGUGACCUGGAUCCAGGCCUCGACCCUGCAGGAGCUGCUGGACCUCAAAGCCCAGGACCCCGAGGCCAAGCUGGUGGUGGGGAACACGGAGAUAGGCAUUGAGAUGAAAUUUAAGAAUAUGCUGUUUCCUAAGAUGGUCUGCCCAGCCUGGAUCCCUGAGCUGAAUUCAGUGGAGCAUGGACCUGAGGGUAUCUCCUUCGGAGCCUCGUGUCCCUUGAGCUUUGUGGAAAAGACGCUGCUCGAUGCCGUCGCCAACCUUCCUGCCCACCAAACAGAGGUGUUCAAAGGUGUUUUGGAGCAGCUGCGCUGGUUUGCUGGGAAGCAGGUCAAGUCUGUGGCGUCCAUCGGAGGGAACAUCAUUACCGCCAGCCCCAUCUCUGACCUCAACCCUGUGUUCAUGGCCAGUGGGGCCAAGCUGACCAUCGUGUCCACAGGCACCAGGAGAACGGUUCGGAUGGAUCACACCUUCUUCCCCGCGUACAGAAAGACCCUGCUAGCUCCGGAGGAGAUACUGCUUUCCAUCGAGAUCCCCUACAGCAGGGAGGGUGAGUAUUUCUCCGCCUUCAAGCAGGCCUCUCGGAGAGAAGAUGACAUCGCCAAGGUGACCAGCGGCAUGAGGGUCCUGUUCAACCCGGGAACCGCGCAGGUGAAGGAGCUGGCCCUUUGCUACGGCGGAAUGCACGACAGAACCGUCUCAGCCCUCAAGACCACGCGGAAGCAGAUAUCAAAUUUCUGGAACGAGGAGCUGCUGCAGAACGUGUGCGCGGGCCUGGCGGAGGAGUUAUCCCUGGCCCCCGACGCCCCUGGCGGCAUGGUGGAGUUUCGGCGUACCCUCACCCUCAGCUUCUUCUUCAAGUUCUACCUGACAGUGCUUCAGAAACUGGGCAUACAGAACUCGAAAGAUAAGUGUGGCAAGCUGGACCCCACCCAUGCCAGUGCCACCUUACUCUUUCAGAAAGACCCUCCAGCCAACGUCCAGCUCUUCCAAGAGGUGCCCAAGGGUCAGUGCGAGGAGGACAUGGUGGGUCGGCCCCUGCCCCACCUGGCCGCGGCCAUGCAAGCGUCUGGGGAGGCCGUGUACUGUGACGACAUCCCUCGCUACGAGAAUGAGCUGUCCCUCCGGUUGGUCACCAGCACCCGGGCCCACGCCAAGAUCAAGGUGACUUGCAUUGGGCACAUCAUUGGUGCUGUGGUCACCGACACCCGAGAACAUGCCCAGAGAGCCGCUCAAGCGGUGAGAAUCACCUAUGAAGAUCUUCCAGCCAUUAUCACAAUAGAGGAUGCUAUAGCAAAAGACUCCUUUUAUGAGCCUGAGCUGAAGAUAGAGAAAGGAAACCUCACGAAGGGGUUUUCGGAAGCAGACAACAUUGUUUCAGGCGAGUUGUACAUUGGUGGCCAAGAGCACUUCUACCUGGAGACUCACUGCACCAUCGCUGUCCCCAAAGGCGAGGCAGGGGAGAUGGAGCUCUUUGUGUCUACACAGAACACCACGAAGACCCAGAGCUUUGUUGCAAACAUGUUGGGGGUUCCGGCAAACCGGAUUUUGGUCCGGGUGAAGAGAAUGGGAGGAGGCUUUGGGGGGAAAGAGACCCGGAGCACUGUGGUAUCCACGGCAGUGGCUCUGGCUGCAUACAAGACGGGCCGCCCCGUGCGCUGCAUGCUGGAUCGUGACGAGGACAUGCUGAUAACUGGUGGCAGACAUCCCUUCUUGGCCAGAUACAAGGUUGGCUUCAUGAAGACUGGGAGGGUUGUGGCUCUGAAGGUGGAGCAUUACAGCAAUGCGGGGAACACCCUGGAUCUCUCCCAGAGUGCAGGAGCACUGGUUCACGUGUAUACAGAUGGCUCUGUGCUGCUGAUCCAUGGAGGCACUGAGAUGGGCCAAGGUCUUCACACCAAGAUGGUCCAGGUGAGCAGCCUGCACAUGGAGGGGCGGGGGUGUCCUCUCCGACAUCAUGGCAUCCAUGUGAGGGAGGACGCUAUGAGCAAGUGUGCGGCGGCACACCUUAGAAGCAGAAGUCAGCCUCAGCUGUGA